UAGAGCAGCGUUGCCUUCUUUUCUCUCUUUUUUUGUCUCCAUCCUCUUCUCAACCACCCGUUUUUCACAACUCGUAGUCCAGUCAACUGUGUAAUCUUGCUCGUCGCCGGCCGACAAAUCAUUGCUUUCGUCUCUUUCACCAUUUUUCCAGAACGAAAUCAAGUCGACAGCUUCGUCACCACCAACACAAUCCUUCAAGAUGCAGUUCACCAUCCUCAGCGUUUUCGCCCUGGUCGCCGCCGUCUCGGCCUCCUCUCUGUCGCAGAACGAGGGCUUUGUCGUCGUCAAGCGUCAGGCCCAGGCUGCCGAGGUGGCCGUCAACGCGCCGGCCAUGACCAACGAGGCUGGCGAGGUCAUUCCCUUCGAUUCGACCAAAGUCUACCUUGGCGCUGCCGCCAACGGCCAGUAAACUGGCGUCGCCAACAAUCGGCGGAUGACAGACGGGGAUGAGAUAGGGGGAGAGACGACAGUCAGAUGACUUGGUCGCGGAACCCAUCGAUCACGCCAACUACGUACCGAGCCUUCUCCGGUCGUGGGGGAGAGACGGUGGGGAUAUACACUACAACUUAAUGAAGGAUACCACGGAGACGCCAGACCGAGAUCGGACGUCGGAAUGCAUAGACACAGCAGCCAGAGCGCCACCAUCUAGUCAACUUGGCUCUGGCUGUGCUGGGGAGGGAGACAUCUGAGCCAGCAAUGAUUUUGAGGGAUUUGCAGGGGCUCUACCCGGGCCUUCCGGGAGAGUCCUGCCUUUCGCUCUGGGCGGAUCAACACAAGACAAACUGCCCGUUAUGAAUACACUUCUUUUUUUGCAGCUCGCCUGCAGCCGA